AGGGUGAGGGCCGCUGCGGGAUGAAGGGAGAGGGCAGCUCCCCGGAGGGCCACCGUCGGGGCGGGGGAGGCCCUGGGGGCGGGUCAGGGAGCGGUAAGCCCCGGCGAGCCAGGACCGCCUUCACCUACGAGCAGCUGGUGUCCCUGGAGAACAAAUUCAAGCAAACGAGAUACCUGAGUGUGUGUGAGAGACUCAACCUGGCCCUGGCGCUCAACCUGACGGAGACGCAGGUGAAGAUCUGGUUCCAGAAUCGUCGAACCAAGUGGAAGAAGCAGAACCCCGGAUGUGACGUCAACACGCCCACACAGCCGCCAAGCCCGCCCAUCUCUUACCACGGGGGACUGUUACCGCCCCCACCCCCGCCCUUACUCUGCCCCGCCCCUCUCUCUUACCGCGGCCCUCUGCCCCCCCACACCCCCCUCGCUGCCCUUUACCUCCACCACCUCGCUCGCUGACCCCCUUAACUCUCCUUCCUUCCCCCUGACCUCCCCUUAACUAGUCCGAGACAACCCCUGAUCCCAUCCCUAUGUCCUGACUUUACUUUGUCGCCCCACUGAGUUUGACCUCUCGUAUCACACUACCUCUUACCAGCUGACCUCCGCCCUCUUACCAGCUGACCUCCGCCCUCCCACCAGCUGACCCCUGACCUGUGUGACCUCCACUCUACCUCCACAUACUCGACCUAUAUCACCCCUAUCGUUCCUAUGGUUCACUACACAUAAGCUUAAUACAUGCAUUGGUCAAAUACAUUUUAUGCAUUCUUUAAAUAUGUAUAAUGUAUACACACACCCAUCCAUGAAUAUAAUAGACACCAUUUACAGGUAAAACAUACAUAUUUCACAAAGAUAUGUUUACACAGCCCAACACAUGUAACAUAACCAAUAAAAGGCGCAUAUACAGUACAGUUUAUAAGUUUAUACCAGUAUGUAUCUUAUAAAGUUAGGUUGUAUAUACGCGCACACUAAACGGGGACAAUUACCGAUGAAGCCUUAAAAAUCAACAGAAGGUUUGGCCGAAUAAGGAUAAAUUAUUGUGUUUAUGUUAUAACUCAAUGGAAAUUAAUUCUUUUAUGGUAAAAUUUCUCUGGUUCAUUUGAGGCGUUGUUUACCAUAGGAGCCAAAUCAUAGUUAAUGUGGGUUAAUUAAGGAAGGCUAGGUUAGGUGAGGUGAAGUGAGGUUAGGUUACGUUAGGUUUUGUAUUAAACUAUUCAUUUAUAUAUAUUUUUAUGGUCUACAUGAUCGUUUUUGGCCAGUCAGUAGUCCUCCCCCCCUCAAAAAAAGAGAAGGGCACAGAAGUUAUGGAUAAACGAUAAUUGACCUUAUUUAGCGUAACACACACACAUACACGCACACACGCACACACACACGCACACGCACACACACACACACGCACACACACACACACACACACACUCGAAAGACUAAAAAGAUGUAAACAUAUCAACCUUAUCACUACUAAACACACUUAUUAAAGAGAAAUUUAUAUAGACAAAAAUAUAUAUAAAUAAAUAAAUAUAUAUGUAUAUAUAUAAAUGGCGACGAGUUGUGUAAUGUAUAUUGUGUACAAAGUAAGUUAAGUAAUGGCUUCCUGA